AUGGCUGAGACAGACCCAGCCAAGCGUGGGCUGUGGAAUGGGACUGCUCCCCAGGAUGCCUCGGUCCUCCAGGACAGCUUGUUCUCCUCGGAGAGUGACAACAGCCUGUACUUUACCUACAGUGGCCAGUCCAACACCCUGGAGGUUCAAGAUCUCAGCUACCAGGUGAACAUGGCCUCCCAAGUGCCUUGGUUUGAGCAACUGGCUCAGUUAAAGAUGCCCUGGAUGUCGUCCAGCAGGCAAGACACUUGUGAGCUGAGCAUCCAGAACCUGAGCUUCAAAGUGAGAAGUGGGCAGAUGCUGGCCAUCAUAGGGAGCUCAGGCUAUGGGAGGGCCUCCUUGCUGGACGUGAUCACUGGCCGAGGCCAUGGUGGUAAGAUCAAGUCUGGUCGGAUCUACAUCAACGGGCAGCCUAGCACGCCGCAACUGGUGAGGAAGUGUGUGGCCCAUGUGCGCCAGCAUGACCAACUGCUGCCCAACCUGACUGUCCGGGAGACCCUGGCCUUCGUCGCCCAGCUGCGCCUGCCCAGAACCUUCUCUCAGGCCCAGCGGGACAAAAGGGUGGAUGAAGUGGUUGCGGAGCUGCGGCUGAGGCAGUGUGCCAACACACGAGUGGGCAACGAGUACGUGAGGGGAGUAUCUGGGGGAGAGCGAAGGAGAGUCAGCAUUGGGGUACAGCUCCUGUGGAACCCAGGCAUUCUUAUUCUGGAUGAGCCCACCUCGGGGCUUGACAGCUUCACUGCCCACAACCUGGUGAAGACUUUGUCCAGGCUGGCCAAAGGCAACAGGCUAGUACUCAUCUCCCUCCACCAGCCCCGCUCAGACAUCUUCCGGCUGUUUGACCUGGUCCUCCUGAUGACAUCUGGCACCACCAUCUACUUGGGGGCUGCCCAGCACAUGGUCCAAUAUUUCACGGAGAUCGGCUACCCCUGCCCUCGAUACAGCAAUCCUGCUGACUUCUACGUGGACCUGACCAGCAUCGACAGGCGCAGCAGAGAGCAGGAGGUGGCCACCAGGGAGAAGGCUCAGUCACUGGCAGCCUUGUUUCUAGAGAAAGUGCGUGACUUUGAUGAUUUUCUGUGGAGAGCAGGUCAGCGGGAGAUCAGCGUGGGCCCCAGUGCAGAGAGCCCCAGCUGCCUGACAGACUCCCACUACCUCCAGAUGCCCACGGACCCCCAGCUGCCAGGGGUGGUGCAGCAGUUUACCAUGCUGAUCCGUCGUCAGAUUUCUAAUGACUUCCGAGACCUGCCCACCCUUCUCAUCCAUGGGGCGGAGGCCUGUCUGAUGUCCCUGAUCAUAGGAUUCCUCUACUAUGGCCAUGGGGACAUCAAGCUCUCUUUCAUGGACAUGGCUGCCCUCUUGUUCAUGACCGGUGCUCUCAUCCCUUUCAAUGUGAUCCUGGAUGUCAUCGCCAAAUGUCACUCGGAGAGGGCCAUGCUUUACUAUGAGCUUGAGGACGGGCUGUACUCGGCAGGCCCUUACUUCUUUGCGAAGAUCCUGGGGGAGCUCCCGGAGCACUGCGCCUACAUCAUUAUCUACGGGAUGCCCACCUACUGGCUGGCCAACCUCCGGCCGGGUCCUGAGCCCUUCCUGCUGCACUUCCUGCUUUUGUGGCUGGUGGUCUUCUGCUGCAGGGUCAUGGCCCUGUGUACCGCCGCCCUGCUGCCCACCUUCCACGUGUCCUCCUUCUUUGGCAACGCUCUCUACAACUCCUGCUACCUCACUGGGGGCUUCAUGAUAAGCUUGGACAACAUGUGGACAGUGCCUGCGUGGAUCUCCAAAGUGUCUUUCCUCCGGUGGUGUUUUGAAGGGUUGAUGCAGAUUCACUUUAAAGGACGCACUUAUUACCUGGAGAUGGGUAACCUUACCAUCCCCAUCUCAGGAGAUACAAUUGUAAGUGCCAUGAAGCUGAACUCAUACCCGCUCUAUGCCGUCUACCUCAUCCUCAUCAGCAUCAGUGGCGGCUUCAUCAUCCUGUACUACUUGUCCUUAAAGUUCAUCAAACAGAAGUCGAGACAAGAUUGGUGA